UUUUCUUAAGCGGCAGCAGCAGCAGAAGCAGCAGCAGCAGCAGCAGCCCCAGCAGCCCCAGCAGCCCCAGCUAUGAAUGCCGCAUGUUAAUAGCUGCCGCUUGGGUCCCUCAGCUGCUGCUGGAGACAGAGCUUGACUCCGAAGUUGUGCAACUGUGGACUGGGAGAGACAUUUGAACCCUCCUCUCUCUUGGCUCCGUUUUUAUCCCCUCGGUGUGUGUGAAGCUAGGAAACAUUAAAGAAGACGAGCAUUUGCCUUUUCCCCCCUUCUUCUUCUCUUUUCUCCGUGGCUGUGUAGCAGAAGAAAAGGGGGAAGGAGAGACUUUUUGUUGUUUCCUUGGCUGGGGGUCUCCACCCUGCUGCUGCCCCUCUGCGCGUUGGUUAAUCAUUCUUUGCCGCUUAUAGUGGGGGUGUCUUCGCUGCGGCCGGUGGGUCUUUUGCCCCGGGCUCCACGGCUGGAUUGUGGAAACUGCAUCCCGCUGCAGGUUGUUGAGCAACUAAUGGGACGAUCUCAGGGACCGGCGGUUACGAAAGAAAUGUUUAAAUGUUCGGUAAAUUGGAGGAAAAAAACAUGGAUUUUUAGCAACUGAAGAGCAAAUUAAGGAUUCAUAUUUGGGAUAUUGCUGUUUGUAUUUUUGAAGAAUACUUCUUUUUUUUUUUUUUUUUUUUUUUUUUAAAUCAUUGGUCUUGGAAUACAGAAGAGGAACCAGAAAGACACAUUUUGUUUCACAUUUGAAACACUUGCUCUUGAGGCACUCUCACACCCGAGUACACAACCAUGUGGCCAGCACAGCUACUCGUCUUCAUGAUGCUCUUAGCACCGAUAGUUCAUGGUGGCAAGCACAGUGAGCGACAUCCGGACCUCGCUGCUCCACUGCGACAUGCUGAGCGCAGCCCAGGAGGCGCUCUACCACCCAGACAUCUUCUUCAGCAGCCAGCUGCAGAGCGUGCCACUGCUCAUCGCAGACAAGGGCCCCGUGGAGCUACCAGAGGAGUUCGUGGUCCAGGUGUCCAAGGAGCCCAGAUCACAGCCCAAGCGUUCAGCCGCGCCCCAAUACCAAUGGCUGUGGUCCGCAGAGAGCUCUCCUGUGAGAGCUACCCCAUAGAGCUCCGCUGUCCAGGAACCGAUGUCAUCAUGAUUGAAAGUGCCAACUAUGGGAGGACUGAUGACAAAAUCUGUGACUCUGACCCUGCUCAGAUGGAGAAUAUACGAUGUUAUCUCCCAGAUGCCUAUAAGAUUAUGUCUCAAAGGUGCAAUAACAGGACCCAGUGUGCAGUGGUGGCAGGUCCUGAUGUUUUUCCAGACCCAUGUCCGGGAACCUACAAAUACCUUGAAGUGCAGUAUGAAUGUGUCCCUUACAAAGUGGAACAAAAAGUUUUUCUUUGUCCUGGACUACUAAAAGGAGUAUACCAGAGUGAACAUUUGUUUGAGUCCGACCACCAGUCAGGGGCAUGGUGCAAAGACCCUCUGCAGGCUUCUGACAAGAUUUAUUAUAUGCCUUGGACCCCCUACAGAACUGAUACCCUGACCGAGUACUCAUCCAAGGAUGACUUCAUUGCUGGAAGGCCAACUACAACCUACAAACUCCCUCACAGGGUGGAUGGCACCGGAUUUGUAGUGUAUGAUGGAGCUUUGUUCUUUAACAAAGAGCGUACCAGGAACAUAGUAAAGUUUGAUUUGCGGACUAGGAUAAAGAGUGGAGAGGCCAUCAUAGCCAAUGCCAAUUACCAUGAUACCUCCCCUUACCGAUGGGGAGGCAAAUCUGACAUAGACCUGGCAGUGGAUGAGAAUGGGCUAUGGGUCAUCUAUGCGACAGAACAAAACAAUGGUAAAAUCGUCAUUAGCCAAUUGAACCCUUACACCCUGCGGAUUGAAGGGACGUGGGAUACUGCCUAUGAUAAAAGGUCAGCUUCCAACGCAUUUAUGAUUUGUGGGAUUCUCUAUGUGGUCAAAUCUGUAUAUGAGGAUGAUGACAACGAGGCCACAGGGAAUAAGAUUGACUACAUUUACAACACCGACCAAAAUAAGGAUAGUUUGGUGGAUGUACCCUUUCCUAACUCAUACCAGUACAUAGCAGCUGUGGAUUACAACCCCAGGGACAACCUUCUUUAUGUGUGGAAUAACUAUCAUGUCGUGAAAUAUUCUUUGGACUUUGGGCCUCUGGAUAGUAGAUCAGGGCAGGCACACCAUGGACAGGUAUCUUACAUCUCUCCACCAAUUCACCUUGACUCUGAGCUAGAAAGACCCCCUGUUAAAGAAAUUUCUACCACAGGACCUCUUGGCAUGGGAAGCACCACCACUAGUACCACCCUUCGGACCACAACGUGGCGUACAGGCAGGAGUACCACCCCAUCAGUGUCAGGAAGAAGAAACCGGACGACCAGCACCCCAUCUCCAGCUGUUGAAGUGCUUGAUGACAUUACCACGCACCUUCCAUCAGCAUCGUCCCAAAUCCCAGCUCUGGAAGAAAGCUGUGAGGCUGUAGAAGCCCGAGAAAUCAUGUGGUUUAAGACACGUCAAGGACAGAUGGCAAAGCAGCCGUGCCCCGCAGGAACUAUAGGAGUAUCAACUUAUCAAUGCCUGGCUCCUGAUGGAAUCUGGGAUCCUCAAGGACCAGAUCUUAGCAACUGUUCUUCUCCUUGGGUCAACCAUAUAACACAGAAGUUGAAAUCUGGAGAGACAGCUGCCAACAUUGCUCGAGAGUUGGCUGAACAAACAAGAAAUCAUUUGAAUGCUGGAGACAUCACCUACUCUGUCCGUGCCAUGGAUCAGCUGGUAGGCCUCCUGGAUGUACAACUCCGGAACUUGACCCCAGGUGGAAAAGAUAGUGCCGCACGCAGUUUGAACAAGGCAAUGGUCGAGACAGUUAACAACCUCCUUCAGCCACAAGCCUUGAAUGCAUGGAGAGACCUGACUACAAGUGAUCAACUCCGUGCAGCCACCAUGUUGCUGGACACUGUAGAGGAGAGUGCUUUUGUGCUGGCGGAUAACCUUUUGAAGACUGACAUUGUCAGGGAGAACACAGACAAUAUUCAAUUGGAAGUUGCAAGGCUGAGCACAGAAGGAAACUUGGAAGACUUAAAAUUUCCAGAAACCAUGAGUCAUGGAAGCACCAUUCAGCUUUCUGCAAAUACUUUAAAACAAAAUGGCCGAAAUGGAGAGAUCAGAGUGGCCUUUGUCCUGUACAACAACUUGGGUCCUUAUUUGUCCACGGAGAAUGCCAGCAUGAAGUUGGGAACAGAGGCUAUGUCCACCAAUCAUUCUGUUAUCGUCAAUUCCCCUGUUAUUACAGCAGCAAUAAACAAAGAGUUUAGUAAUAAGGUGUAUUUGGCUGACCCUGUGGUGUUCACAGUUAAACAUAUUAAGCAAUCUGAGGAAAAUUUCAAUCCCAACUGUUCAUUUUGGAGCUAUUCUAAGCGCACAAUGACAGGUUAUUGGUCAACUCAAGGCUGUCGGCUCCUGACAACAAAUAAGACACAUACUACAUGCUCUUGUAACCACCUAACCAAUUUUGCAGUUCUGAUGGCACAUGUGGAAGUUAAGCACAGUGAUGCGGUCCAUGACCUCCUUCUGGAUGUGAUCACAUGGGUUGGAAUUUUGCUGUCCCUUGUUUGUCUCCUGAUUUGCAUCUUCACAUUUUGCUUUUUCCGUGGGCUCCAGAGUGACCGUAACACCAUCCACAAGAACCUAUGCAUCAGCCUCUUUGUAGCAGAAUUACUCUUCCUGAUUGGGAUAAAUCGAACUGACCAACCAAUUGCCUGUGCAGUUUUUGCGGCACUCUUACAUUUCUUCUUCUUGGCGGCCUUCACCUGGAUGUUCUUGGAGGGCGUACAGCUCUAUAUUAUGCUGGUGGAGGUGUUUGAGAGUGAACAUUCGCGUAGGAAAUAUUUUUACCUGGUCGGCUAUGGCAUGCCUGCACUCAUUGUGGCUGUGUCAGCUGCAGUAGACUACAGGAGUUAUGGAACAGAUAAAGUAUGUUGGCUCCGACUUGACACCUACUUCAUUUGGAGUUUUAUAGGACCAGCGACCUUGAUAAUUAUGCUUAAUGUAAUCUUCCUUGGGAUUGCUUUAUAUAAAAUGUUUCAUCAUACUGCCAUUCUGAAACCUGAAUCGGGCUGUCUUGAUAAUAUCAAUGCCUCCCUUGGUUCCAUUUAUUGGAAUCUUUACUAUGAGGAUAACAGACCCUUCAUCAAGUCAUGGGUUAUAGGUGCAAUAGCUCUUCUCUGCCUCUUAGGAUUGACCUGGGCCUUUGGACUCAUGUAUAUUAAUGAAAGCACAGUCAUCAUGGCGUAUCUCUUCACCAUUUUCAAUUCUCUACAGGGGAUGUUUAUAUUCAUUUUCCAUUGUGUCCUACAAAAGAAGGUACGAAAAGAGUACGGGAAAUGCCUGCGAACACAUUGUUGUAGUGGCAAAAGUACAGAAAGUUCCAUAGGCUCAGGGAAAACAUCUGGUUCUCGAACUCCUGGACGCUACUCUACAGGCUCACAGAGCCGAAUCCGUAGAAUGUGGAAUGACACGGUCCGAAAGCAGUCAGAGUCUUCCUUCAUUACUGGAGAUAUAAACAGUUCAGCGUCACUCAACAGAGGAGCCAUGGCUAAUCAUCUUAUAAGCAAUGCUCUGCUUCGUCCGCAUGGUACUAACAAUCCCUAUAAUACAUUGCUUGGGGAACCGGCGGUCUGUAACAACCCUUCUGUCAGCAUGUACAACGCACAAGAGCCCUACAGAGAGACAAAGGGGCUUCUGAACAAUGCCAGGGAUACAAGUGUCAUGGAUACUCUACCACUGAAUGGUAACCAUGGCAAUAGUUACAGCAUUGCCAGUGGAGAAUACCUGAGCAACUGUGUGCAAAUCAUAGACCGUGGCUACAACCAUAAUGAGACCGCCCUAGAGAAAAAGAUUCUGAAGGAACUCACUUCCAACUAUAUACCUUCCUACCUGAACAACCACGAGCGCUCCAGCGAACAGAACAGAAAUCUGAUGAACAAGCUGGUGAAUAACCUUGGCAGUGGGAGUGAAGAUGACGCCAUUGUCCUGGACGACGCCACUUCCUUUAACCACGAGGAGAGUUUGGGCCUGGAACUCAUUCAUGAGGAAUCGGAUGCUCCUUUGCUGCCCCCGAGAGUUUACUCCACAGACAACCACCAGCCACACCAUUACACCAGACGGCGGAUCCCCCAAGACCACAGUGAGAGCUUUUUCCCUUUGCUAACCAACGAGCACACAGAAGAUCUUCAGUCACCCCAUAGGGACUCUCUCUACACCAGCAUGCCAGUCCUGGCUGGUGUGCCUGCCGCAGAGAGUGUUACCACCAGCACCCAGACCGAACCCCCACCGGCCAAAUGUGGUGAUGCGGAAGAUGUUUACUACAAAAGCAUGCCAAACCUAGGCUCCAGAAACCACGUCCAUCAGCUGCACACCUACUACCAGCUAGGUCGUGGGAGCAGUGAUGGAUUUAUAGUUCCUCCAAACAGAGAAGGGACCCCUCCAGAGGGAAAUGCAAAAGGACCUGCUCAUUUGGUCACUAGUCUAUAGAAGACACAGAGAAAUGUAAACCAACAAAACUGCUAACACCUGGUUGACUGUUUUGAGUUGCUAUAAGCAGUGGUAAUAAUGUGUGUACUCCUAAAUCUUUAUGCUGUUCUUGAACAACAAACUCUCAGACUUUUUUUUUUUAAACUGGGAUUUUUAGGUCAGCCCAGGGGAGAAAGAUAACUGCUGAAAGUCCCCUGUGCCCUAUCUUUUCCUGUCCUUUCCCCCCUCUGAUGGAGACUUCAUUAUGUUAAUGAACGAGAUAUGAAGAAAAUGGCGCUCAUUGUGGCCUUGUUGAGUUAUGUUGUGUUUGUUCUAACAUCUCUGAUGCUUUGUUACUAUAAUUACAAGGACCUGUUUUUUAAAAGGCCAGAACGGUUCGACAUUAGUAACAAUGCUGCAUCUAGAUUGGAGUGCUGCUCAAACAAACAUAAAAGCAAAGCAAAACUGUAUCACAUAGUGGUUUUUAGUCACUCACAACCUGAAUUCACCACAGCAGGAAUAGUUGUGGUAUACAAAAUAGAACAACAAAAUUAAUAAUGAAAUGGAGGGGAAUUCUAGAAUUAUAUGCUAAAUGCAUAUUUUAUGAGUUGCUGUAUUAACUGAUGAUAAAACUAAUGGCAGAAAAAAGAUUGAACAAUUUCUAUGUAAUGUACAGAUACUAGCAUUGCACAUAUAGUCUGCUUUCUGUUCCUCCAGAAUUUAAGUCCUGUUAAUGUAGUGGAAAAAAAAGAGAAAUUUUCUUUUUCUUUCGUGCUGGUCUUGCAAGUUUGUCUACCAGUAAGAGAGCAAAGUUUCCUUCCUUUCUCCUUUGUUUUCUUUCUUUCUUCAUUUUCUUUUUCCCCCUUUUCUCUCGUCUCUCUUUCUCUCUCUUGCUCUCUCUUCCUCUCUCUCGCUCCUAUUUUCUUUAAAAAUUCACUUAGCAAAAAAUAAAUAAAUAAAUAAAUAAUAAAUAAAUAAUAAAUAAAACUAUCACUUUAUAAGAAUCAUUUUCUAGUAAUGCAAACAAAUUAUUUUUUACAAAAAAUAAAAUAAAUAAAAUUAGACUUCCUUCCCUCACUAUAUAUCUUUAUUCAGUCAGAAUAUUUCCAGGAGCAUUUUUGCAAAUUAGAGCAGGACAAACUUUUAUGUUUAGAGUGCACAUCUGUUGUAAUGCGAGCAUAUUUGGCAACUGAUUCAUCACCAAGACAGUAGCUAUGAUUCUAGAAGUCAAGAGGUGUCAAUAGAACUAGUGGGGCUUCUGCAUGUGAAAAAAAAAAAAAAAUGGUAUCCCAUAGGCAUUAAAGUGCUGAAUGCUCAGUCUGAUCCCCAAGUGGGCACCUGCACUACCAAUUUUUAAAGGGAAUUCACUCUCUCAUAAUAAGAAUCAAAAGGUCAAGUUAUUUUGAAGUGAUUUAAAAAAAAAAAAAACUCUUCUGUUAACAGGAAAAUUUAUUUAUUUGACAAGAUUUUAAGUAAUGUAGGAAUACAAGAGGUAUAUUAGCAGCACAUACAUUUUUUUUUAAAUUUAUGUUCCAUUUUGUAUGGUCUCAAAGUUGGAUGACCUCAUUACUAAUAUUUGUUGUAAAAGUGAAACUUGUUUGCCAACCAAUAAACAACUGAUUGAGAUUUAGUAGAUACUGUAUUGAUGUAUGUACUAUACGAUUAAUUAUUCUUUUUAUUUUUCUCGCCUUUCUUUCCAUCUGUUUUCAGUAUAUAAACUUUGCUAAAUCCUCUACGGCCCAAAUGAGCCAUGCAAAAGAAAUCAAUCUGCCUAAAUGAAUAACCUAAGCACAAAAUUAUACAGCUUUUACAAAGGACUGGAAAAAUGGGAUGGUCAUGUUUCUGUUAGCGGAAAUAAGAUGCGUAACUUACUUUCAAACAGGUUAAUAUAUAGGUUAUUAUGUGCUUAUUUAUAAACCGGCUACAGUCUCUAUGCUUAUUAUAAAAGCCAGAUUCAGUCAGAUGUUUAAAUAUUGAAUUUGGGCGGGGGGGAUGUGGAUUAUUUUUUUUCCCUCCCUUGUAAGCUCCAUUUCGAUGUUAGAAAUUUAAAUUUACUCAAUUGGCAAAAUUGCUGCAAAAAUAACAGCAAAGAGAAUAUCCGUUUCAUAAAGAUAGUAUAAGACAUUAUAAUGCUAAUUUUUUCUUGUUCUAUAUAAGGAAAAAAAUGGGAGGGAAAAAGGCCUUUCAAAUAAACUUUCUGGAUCUCCCAGUGCAGAAGAACCUUUACCACAGUGUCUACAUAUGGAGGCCCUCCUAGGGCAAAGUUAGAAUGAAUUUGCCAAAUUAUAAUUUCUCUUUAUAUCUUGGUGAUUUAUUUUUCUUUUUCCUUUUCAUUUCCCAAAAAAUCUAAACACUAGCCACCUAUAAAUUAGUUUCUUAAAUUAAUAUGAGGAGUAGUAUGGAAAAUAACUAGUCAUUUAUAAAUAUGGUUUUAAAAUAUAUGACAAAAGGAAACAUUCUGUGGUGGGUCAGAGUACACCGUAACCUUUAUAUCACCUCAAAAUAUCUUAUGCAUCAUUCCUUUUUAGUCAUUUAACAUGAAUAUUUUUUAGGUCUACAGAUUUUCUUUAAAUUGUAGGAGAACCACAGCUUUAACCGUUAUUAGGUUUUCUCACUCCACACUAUGGCAAUAUUAGCACCCGAAAUGUGGUUAGCCUAUCUGGUACAUAGAAUAUAGUUGGUAAUGAAAGAACCAUUUUUAGCCUUGCUGAAGGUAACUUCAGAAACACGAAAAUGGUCUCUGGAUUAUGAGCACUUACGUUUGUUUUGCCAAUCCAACAGUAAUCUUUAUGAGAGCAACUCUGUCAACAAGAAGCUAGUUUCACAGAACAAUGGGGAAACUACCUCACUUCAGCUUGCUGAUGCUGCCAAUUCUCAUUUUUGAUGUUUGCUACCGCCCUGCCCAUUAUCUUUUGUGGUUUAUUAUAUGGAAAUUUGAAGCAGGUAGCCUCCCAGCUCUCCAUAGACCAAGUUGAAGAACAUCACUUGAAUACAUAAACUGGUGCAGAAGGCCAUUCAGUACUGUCAGUUACUACCAAGCUCUUACAUCAAGAUGAAAGGGUGAGAUUUUUGAACUUGCAUACAUCAUAACUGCUGUGCUUUCAGAGAGCCUAAAGAUCCCAAAGACCUUCACAGGAAGAAAUUGUUCCCCCAAGUUUUAUGUGACUAUAAUGAAAAGAAAACAGUGGAUAAAAGAGUUAUGUGUAUACAUUUCAAUAGAAAUUUGUGUCCUCUCUACACUAGCAGGUCUUGAAUUCCUAAAAUGGAAUCUUUUUUUUCCCCAUACAUAUUCAUGUGUAGCUAUUGAUAAAUUAUUUUUUUUUUAAUUUUCUUGUUUUAUCUAUCACUUUUGGUUGAGGAUAUUUUCAGUACUCUGUGACAUUCAUGACCGACUUACCUGCAUAUUUCUGAUGUGUUUAUGUGAUUUUCCAUUAAGAAGUAAAUUUGCAACAAACAUAUAUUAUACAUACAUAGCACAUUAUCUGAUAGCUGGAAGUAAAAAUUAUGCCAAUGAAAAAAGCAAUUAUUAUUUCCUAAAAUAAUAUUUUUGUAACAUUUUACACUUGAUUUUUUUUUUUUUUCCCUUUGCGGUCUAUCUCACAUAAUACUUUAUCAGGGCAUUAGCAAAGAGACCACAUGUUUAGUUAAUUCAGAAACUGUAGGAAUAUUGCUUAGCCAUGUCCUAAUUGAUAAUAUUUAUGGAGAAAUCUAAAAUUUGUGAAGGAGAAACAGGUUGGAAUUCCAAUUAAAUUUUUUGAGCACCCUUCUUUAUUUCCACUCUAUUAAAGUUAAAAAAAAAAAACUAUAGUUGAAUAAUAAAUUGCUAUGCUAAAAUAAUCAUAAAAACAGAAAAGAACUGGCAUGAGAAAAAUUAUAUUGAAACAAAAAUAAUCAGGACAAUGUAUCAAUCAAAUGUAAGUGGUGGAAAUGCCCUUUCUGCAAAACAAAUUCACAAAUACUCUAAAUUAGAAUGUAAUUUAUGAUCUCUAUUUUUAAAAUCCCUGUUAAUCUAAAAAUGUUCACAAAUUGAUGAAAGAUCUUUAAGAUUUAGUAUUUUUUUAUUUUUUAAUAUUAAUCGGUGUGAUAAACUUUUCAUGAUAAUGGAGAUAAAGGUGUAAGUGAAUUAAUAAUAUUUACAAAGAACCCGUAGACUUAAUUGUAGGCAAUAAUUUUAGGCUUUUUCCCCCCACAAAAGUUCAAAUCUAUUGGCUGAUUUGCUUACACUAAAAAAAUGACAUUAAAAACUUUAAAGGCUGACUUUCUGCAUAAUGUAGAGACCAAACGGGAGAGAAAAAAAUAUUUUCUGGGUUGUCUAAAGAUCAACUCAAAACUAAUAAAUAAUCAUGUUUGAUUAGUGAAAGAAUAAUUAGUUUUUAGAAGUUGUCUAUCAGCACUGUACCAAAGUGCCAUUGCUUGGGAUGUUUCUAGGGGGAGAAAAGAAAAAAAAAAAAAAGAAAAAUACUACAGAACUACUAUGCAUGUCAGUUCAAAUUUAGACAGAGAGAAAAGGAAUCCAAACCCUAAUUUGAUUUUGAGCAAUUCUGAAAAUACUGAUAAGAAUGUCCUUUCUUCUCUAACAAAAAUACUUGAGAUAAAAUAACAGUAUGUAUGAUCUUUAGUAUAUUGUAGUAGUACCAAGAUAGGAAGAUUUAAUUAGUUCAUGUUUAAUAAUUCAUAACUAUAACUUACCACAUAAUUACUAUGCAUUCCUAAGUGAUACUUUAAAUAUAUCUUGUUAGAUUUCUACACAUCCAUAAAUUAUUUAGAAACAUGGAAGCACAAGCGUGAAGCAGCAACAUUGCAAAGUAGCUUAGGGAAGCAUUUUUGUGCAAAAGAAUUCUACAUGAGAAGUUUCUUUGAGCUCAUAAAAUGCAUUCAAUGGAUCCCAAAUAUAAAUUUAAUUUUGUAAUAAGCAAAUAUGUCCUUAAACUAUCUGAAAAUAUUGCUAAAUAUCUAAUUUUUUUUUGUUUCUAGACUAGUAGAAAUUAAAAAGUGUUGGUAGCUGCUUCUUUCCUGCUUAGACCAUAAAAGGAAUCUUUUCUAUUUACUAAUUAACUUGAUUACUUCCUCUUUGCUUUAAAAAGGAAAUCAAUCUUUCACCUUCACCUGUACAUAUACUUGCAUACUCUGAUUCCUUUUAUUUUACAGCUUGCAGAGGAAAUAGCUUGUUUACAAUAUUGCAAACUUUAUGAUUUCUGCAAUAAAAUGGGUAGUUAUUAUGGUUUUGCAUAUUCUCAUUUGAAAUAAAGUUAUUACUAUUUCCUCUUUUUAAAAAAACUUAAAAGUCAGCAUUUCCUAACCAUCUAAGACCUUUAAGUUAUUAUUUAAAUGUCUUGAUUUCAGCUAUGUUUUGAUGUUUCCUUCUUUUAAUAUACUAUAUCAUGGAUUUUUUUUCCCUCAUUUAAUUUAUGUCUCAGAGUAUUUCAAAGGUGAAUGCAAACUAUGAUUUUUAAGAAGGCAUGUGAAAGGAGAGCUUUAAUUUAUAUGAAGAAGUCCAGGAAGACUAUACAAGAAAAAAACCUCUGUUGGGAUAACCAAAUCUUUUUGAACAGAAGAAGAGAACCAAGUUGGCAAAUUUACGGUGAGGUAGCAGGACCUAAAUUAGAGUUACAGAGAAAAAUUUUCCAGGAAAUAAUAAUGAAAUCAUUUAGAGUAAUAAAAGUCUUAAACACUGUACCAAAUACUAUUAAUGAAAAAAAUAGAGUUUACCAUAUUAUAAUUUUAUCCUACUCAUGCCACAGGAAACACUAAAGACUUUUAACACUAUACAUAUUUCUUGUCUAGCUACAUCCUCUCCUAAGGAAACGUGAAUAUUUUAUAAAUGUUUCUUAAAUACAAGUAUUUUUGCCUCGAUUCACUUUCACUCUCUAAUCUGCUUACUCUCUUGUAUGCCAACACAGUUAAUGCUACUAGUAGCUUUGUACCUUUUAGAACUUUAUUAUGAAUCUUUCUAAUAAACAUUAAAUUAAUAUUAACUUGGAAUUAUGUACAUUGUGCAAAAUAAUUCAUAACCAACAGCAAUAUUCAUAUUACCAGAUAACUCAUUAUAUAUGAAUAUUACUUUGAGACUGAACAAAUAAUUGCACUGCUGAAAAUAUUAUUCUGAAGUCCUCUCUCUUCAAUUAUUGUAGUCAGUUUAUAAAAUUCUGCAGACAGUUGUCCACAUUAUGUGUUAUCAGAGUACUCCAUAAUCCAAAUGUGUCUAAAAGUAUUCCCAAUGCUUUUUCAUUCUAAAAUGCCAAAGGAAAGAGCUUGAAAGACGAGGAAAGUAAAGCCAACUUCUAAGGAUCUAAUUUAGAUAAACAUUGUCAUUCAAAAUGAAUAAUUUUAAAAUGAGAUGUUCCACUCUGUGAUCUAAGGCAGGGGUUAUUAAAGAUUUGCAGUUAGUACAAUAUUGGAGGAUUGUAAAUUUUAAAAGGUUUUAAGUUUGCAUCAAUGGCCCAAGACUGCAGAAUUUCACACUACAUUGGCAAGGAAAUAUGUUUAAAAUCCAGUAAAACAUGUUUUAAAGACACUUAAAGUAGCUUUUUAAAGGUUAAGAAUUCCUCUGAUUCUUCUGAAGGUAAAACUGGCAACAUGACUCUCGCUUCGAAAUGAAAUGUCUUGGUUGACCUCAAAAAGUAUUUGGCAAAAUUCACCAAUGACAUCAAGUCUUUCACCGUAGGUUCAAAGUCGUUGGGGAUGGAGCUCAGAAUACAGUGACGACAAGAGUGUCCUCUUACGCUGACCACUGCCUGGUCUUCUACAGCCUUUCUUUAAUGCCGUGAAUUUCAAGUUGUUACAAUGACUUGUAUUUUGAAUGACAUUAUGAAUCAAGAAAGAUGAGGAAAAAUCAUUUAAAGUUGGUUUUCAUGACUCAUUUAAGAAUAAAGAUUUCCUUUAUCAUCCUAAGUAAUAAAAGAUAAUGUGUCUUGAAACAGAGCUGUGGACAAUCAGAAUGUGUUCAUUUAUAAAUAAGUCCUUUUUGUACAUUCUAACAGUGACCUUUGCCUAGGAACUAUAAAAUUGGGAAUUGCAGAAAGAGCUUGAUUUCCUUUCCCUUCAUUUGGUUUCUGUAAAUGCAAUUGGAAAGUAGAAAGAUAAUUUGGAAAAGAUUUUCAUACUGUUUUCCCACUUGCCAAGCAUUAAAUCUAAUUCAAGAUUAUCUUUUAAAAAAUGAUAGUAUAUUUUAAAAACGAACAGCUAAUUAAGUCAUUUCUCAUUGAUAAGGAGAAUCAGAUUUUAGGAACAAGAAUAUAGCUAUUGCAGGCUUUGGUCUCUUACCAUUCUCAUGUAUUUACACAUGGCAUUAAUCUUAUUAUAUACACCUACCAGAUUUCAAUCUACUGGAUUUUCCCCCUUGUACAACCUUCCAACCUUUUGUCCCCCUUAAAUGCUCUGUACAAUCACAUGUAAAAUCAUGAGCUACAAACCUCAAUAAA